CGCCCUCUGUGCAUAUCAUCCUCUCUCUGCCUCCAUCAGUCUUCCUUCCAGGUAAUUCUGUUCCAGAAAAUGCGCGGCUGGCAACUGCAGCUGCUGUCCCUGUAGUUGGCUCUCUCUACCGGGCCUCCUUCCACUCUGUAUACCUCACCCACCGACUGCUAGAGAGAAUCCGCAUGCGGAGCCUCAUCGCGCGCACCGUGGUGAAUUUAGACUUGAUUUUCUGUCGCAGAAGAGUGGUAUCUACACUUGCCAAAUUCUUGAAUAUGGAGGUCCUUGUGAAAUAUAAAUGUUAUAAUUUUUUUGUUUUAUGUCUUAAAUAUCAGUGAUGGAUCCAGUCUUUGAAACGGCAUGAAAAUGCAAGUUUUUCAGUUUAUUUUCAUUCGUUCAAGCUGAGCAAAUGCGUCGUGUCUGAGGCAGAAUCUACGGUCUCCUCCAAAUCAGCCCAGGAUUUGCGUAUGAGAAACGCAAACCACUGCGUUCCUAUUUAUCAAACAUUGCAUUUGGCUUGCCUUUAUCCCCCCGUUUCGGAUUGAUCGGAUGCACCGGCGUUGGAUGCGACUGUGGAGAACUGCAUAGCUUUCAGCAUGAUUUGAUGUAAAGGGUUUUUCAACAGGGUAACUGGACGUCUACCUUUCUGAAAACAGCUACAUUCAAGUCAAGUGCGAAAGCCAUCGAUAGAUCAUCCCUAUAUGGACUAGAUCUUGGUUCCUCGGGAUUUUGAAACUAGCAGGUCACACUCAUCUUGGUUUUGGCGCUUCUUGGGAAAAUUGCCUUAAACUGCCGGAGCCAUGAAAGUUGUUUCAGCAGUGUUGUUCCUUGCCAUAUUUUGGAGUCAGGAGUGGGAGCCCGUGAAUUCUGAUUCGAUCAUACACAUCGGGGCCAUCUUUGAUGAGUCUGCCAGGAAGGAUGACGAGGUGUUUCGCAUGGCUGUGGCGGACCUCAACCUCAACAACGAGAUCCUGGAGACGGAGAAGAUCACCAUCUCCGUGGAGUUUGUGGACGGGAACAACCCUUUCCAGGCGGUCCAGGAAGCCUGUGAGUUGAUGAACAGGGGGAUCCUGGCGCUGGUCAGCUCUAUCGGCUGUAUGUCAGCGGGCUCCCUGCAGUCGCUGGCGGACGCCAUGCACAUCCCGCACCUCUUCAUCCAGCGGGCCACUGCCGGGACCCCUCGCUCCAGCUGCCCCCUCAUCACCACCCGCACCCGCCAGGACGACUACACCCUCUUCGUGCGCCCGCCCGUCUACCUCAAUGACGUCAUCCUCCAAGUGGUCAGCGAGUACAGCUGGCAGAAGUUUAUCAUCUUCUACGACCAGGAAUACGAUAUCCGUGGGAUCCAGGACUUCCUGGACAAGACGUCUCAGCAAGGCAUGGACGUGUCGCUUCAGAAGGUGGAGUCCAACAUCAACAUGAUGAUUACCAGCAUGUUCCGGACCAUGAGGGUGGAGGAGCUCCACCGCUACCGAGACACGCUGCGCCGGGCCGUGCUCUUCAUGAGCCCUGCCACCGCCAAGGCCUUCAUCACUGAGGUUGUGGAGACGAACCUCGUGGCAUUCGACUGUCACUGGAUCAUCAUCAAUGAGGAGAUCUCAGACCAGGACGUCCAGGAUCUGGUUAUGAAGUCUAUCGGGCGUCUGACUCUGAUCAGACAGACGUUCCCCCUGCCCCAGAACACCAGCCAGCGCUGCGUCAAGCACAACCACCGCAUCAACACCUCCCUCUGUGACCCCAAAGACCCCAAGGCUCAGACAUUGGAGAUAACCAACCGCUACAUCUACGACACGGUGCUGCUAUUGGCCAACACCUUCCACAGGAAACUGGAGGACAGGAAGUGGCACAGCAUGGCCAGCCUCACCUGCAUCCGCAAGAACUCCAAGCCCUGGCAGGGCGGGCGCCCCAUGCUGGACAACGUCAAAAAGUCUGGAGUGAGUGGUUUGACCGGCUUCCUGGAGUUUACCGACAACGGAACCAACCCCAACAUCUACUUCGAGAUCCUGGGGACCAAUUAUGGCGAGGACAGGGGGAGGGGUGUCAUCAAGCUGGCCACCUGGGACCCAGUGCAUGGCAUCAAUGGAACACUAACUGACAGGAAGUUGGAAAACAACAUGAGAGGUGUGGUUCUGCGCGUGGUCACUGUGUUGGAGGAGCCCUUUGUGAUGGUGUCAGAGAAUGUCCUUGGGAAGCCUAAGAAGUACCAAGGCUAUUCCAUCGACGUGCUGGAUGCUCUCUCCAACUACCUGGGCUUCAAGUACGAGAUCUACGUGGCCCCUGACCAUAAGUAUGGGAGCCAACAGGCUGACGGGGUCUGGAACGGACUAAUCGGAGAGUUGGUUGCCAAGCGUGCUGACAUGGGUCUCUCGGCUCUCACCAUCACACCAGAGCGGGAAAGUGUGGUGGACUUUACCACGCGCUACAUGGAUUACUCGGUGGGCGUGCUGCUCAGGAAGGCUGAACGCACCGUGGACAUGUUCGCCUGCCUGGCGCCCUUUGACCUGUCGCUAUGGGCAUGCAUCGCGGGCACGGUGCUACUGGUGGGCAUACUGGUCUACCUGCUCAACUGGCUCAACCCGCCGCGCCUGCCCAUGGGCUCCGUCUCCUCCACCACCCUCUACAACUCCAUGUGGUUUGUCUACGGAUCAUUCGUCCAGCAGGGUGGUGAGGUUCCGUAUACCACCCUGGCCACGAGGAUGAUGAUGGGGGUAUGGUGGCUUUUUGCUUUGAUCGUCAUCUCCUCCUACACGGCCAACCUGGCUGCCUUCCUCACCAUCAGCCGCAUCGAGAACUCCAUCCAGUCUCUCCAGGACCUGUCCAAGCAGACAGAGUUGCCCUACGGGACGGUGUUGGACUCAGCUGUGUACGAGCAGGUGCGCAGUAAGGCCAUGAACCCCUUUGAAAGGGACCCCAUGUACUCCCAGAUGUGGCGUAUGAUCAACCGCACCGGCGGGGCCGACAACAACGUGGAGGAGUCCAAGGAGGGCAUCCGCAAGGUGAAGUACGGGCAUUUUGCCUUUGUGUGGGAUGUGGCGGUGCUGGAGUAUGUGGGCAUCAACGAUGACGACUGCUCCUUCUACACUGUGGGGAACAAGGCACCAGACCGGGGCUACGGCAUCGCCCUGCAGCACGGCAGUCCAUACAGGGAUAUCUUCUCCCAGAGGAUCCUGGAGCUGCAGCAGAACGGGGACAUGGACAUCCUGAAGCUGAAGUGGUGGCCACGGGACAGCCCGUGUGACCUGUACUCUGCGGUGCACACCAAACACCGCGGCAGCGCCCUGGACAUCCACAGCUUUGCCGGCGUGUUCUGCGUGCUGGCGGCGGGUGUGGUGGUCUCCUGUCUCAUCGCCAUGGUGGAGACCUGGUGGACAAAGAGGAAGGGCUCACGAGUCCCCUCCAAAGAGACACAGGCCGAUGGCACUUCCGCCAGGCAAGCUGAACCGUGCCACCACCAACAUGACACCCAUCACGACAUCCCCCUCACCACUCUCAGGGCUGCCUCCUCCCCCCAUUAUCCCCAGUCACCCGCAUGCUGUGACCUCCCAUGUGCCUUGAUCGUCCAGCACAGGGUCGAACCCGACGACGACCCCUCCCAACUCGUCCCUAAAAUAAGAAUGACCUCUUUCGCUGCCUCUCCUCCCACCUCCAGGGAUGAUAAGGAGAUCGACCUGGAGCACCUUCACCGCCGGGUUAACAGCCUGUGCACAGAGGACGACAGCCCCCACAAACAGUUCUCCACCUCCUCCAUUGACCUGACGCCACUGGACAUGGACUCUAUGCCGGCCAACCGGCAGGCCCUGGAGCAGAUCAGCGACUUCCGAAACACGCACAUCACCACUACCACCUUCAUCCCCGAGCAGAUCCAGACCCUCAGCCGCAGCCUGUCUGCCAAGGCCCAACAGGGCUUCGCCUUUGGUCCCGUGCAGGACCACCGGACUGGGGGGCCCUUCAGGCAGAGAGCCCCCAACGGAGGCUUCUUCCGCAGCCCCAUCAAGACUAUGUCCUCCAUACCCUACCAGCCCACUCCCCAGCCCAACUUCGGCUACGGCAACGACCCAGACCGGGGCACGUCCAUAUGAGGCGAGAAUGAGUAUGCCGCACGGCGAGAGAAGGAUGAAAUUAAACGCACUCAAAAAAAUCUAUGUACAUAGGAAUCUUUUUCAGUUCUGAUUUUUUGAGGGGCUUUGCUUUUGUUUGGUGGGGGGGGGGGUGAUUUUCCUGCUGAAACCUGGUGGUGAGAGGUCGGGGACUUGAAUAUUUGCUUUAUUGUCAUCAUUCUCAUGGUUGUCUAGGGAUCUUUUGGGUGUGACGGGGCUCUGUUUUCUCUUUUUCGUUUCAUGACAUUUGAGGACUGCCUUUCUGAAGAAGCUUUUGGACCCAAUAAGGAGGAUAUGUAUUUGUUUUUUUACAACAGAAAACACUUUUCUGUUCUUGAAAUCCACAAAUCGGGCAACAACCCUAUGCUCAUUUGAAGGAUGUUCUUGUCUUUGCCUUUCACCAUAUGAGACUCCAUCCCACUCAGUUCUCUGGUGUUGAUCAUCAAUGCCUGUACUCCAAAUCUGAAAUCUGCCCCAAAAUGCGUGUCCAUUGGCUCCACUACCCUGCGGACUGAGACCUCACUGUCUGAGCUCUGGGCACGCUUCGUCAUCUUUGUGCACAUAAGGCUCCAUCAAUUCCACUGCACUGUACCAGUGCCCAUAGACCUGUAUUUGAUUGUAUGUAGUUUGGAUCUUUUUUUCUCACCUGUACUGUGCUGUCUAUUUCAAGGUGAGCGCCUCAGCCUCUAAACAAACACUUGAGAGAUGCAUAGAGGGACAAAAAGGAACUGAAAAUAACAGAGAUAAAAGACAACGGAAAAAGGACUUUAAAAAGCAGCUGAGGCUAUUGUAUGUAUUUUAUUGAAUUUGUUUUGAAAAUCUAUUUCAAUCCGUGGAAUGUGUUUGGUCAGAAUGUCACACGAAAAAAAAUGUUUGACGCUGUCUCAUUGUUUUUUUUUCUACCAAUUUUGAAAAGCGCUAAAUGACUGCUUUAGUCUUACUCUGGUUUGCAUCAUCAAUCAUAUUCAAAAAACAGUUGUGUUUUUUUUUACCUCAUUUGUAGUUCUACCAGGACUCAGUCAGAAAAAAAGUCACAUUUCAUUCUCCAGUCCACUAACUGACUGUUGUGUAGCUGUAAGGGCAAACAGUUGAGCUCAGAGUGAGGAGAACCCCUUUCAGAUAACAUCCUCAGUACAAGCCAUAUCAGUACAGGCUGGCUUCACCUUGCCAGUUUCCUGCUUCAAUAGGAUUUCUUGCCAUUGGAACUGUAGAGCUGAUGGCAUUCAUUUUGAAAGAUCUUUCUUCAUUUCUUAAAUGUUAAGGGUACUGUUUAUCUAACUUUUUUAAAGUGCCAAUUGUUUAAUUGAGGCCAUUUAAGGUGCAGUUUGGAGGGAGGGGGUCAAAAAAGAUAUAUUUUGUGAAGGGAAAAGUGGAACCAAACCUUUUCACUAACACUGUAUUAAUAUUUAAUAAUGUUUGUUGUUUAGAAUGAGCUUUCAGUUUGUUAUCUUAAGACUAAACCGCAAAUGUUGUGCGUAGAGAACAGAAGCCGUGUUUGAUGCAAGCCUUCUAUAUGUUCUUUUCUUAAGCUACGGUAUGGCUAUCGAAUGACAAUAGGACACAGACGAUGUUUAAAGAAAUUUUAUUUCCUAUUAAUGACAGACACAUUAUGAAAUAUGUAUAUUUUACAUGUUGAUGCUAUAUUUGUUUAAAAAAAAAAAAAGAAUAUAUCAUAUGAGCAUUGAGUUAGCAGUCACCCUAUACAUUUGGUUUCCCUCAGUUCCAGCCCACACAUAAGCUCUCUCAUGUCAUCUUGAGUUCAUUUUGAUUUGCUGGUUAAUAACAGAGGAGGCAAGUUCUUAAAAAGAAGCAUGCACAACUUGCCAUGCCCCGUGACAUGUUUUAUUUCAUACAUAGAACGUACAGGAUUACUUGAUAAUUUUCAACUGAUUAUGAUGUGCAGUAUUUAAUAUAGGCCUAUUUUGUUGUAUGUGUUGCAUAUUAUUCAAACGGAACAAACUGAGGCCUCUGUUACAAGUGGCAAAGCUUUCUGUGUAUAAUUUGUCUAAUAAACUUGUUUUCUACAGUG